GCCCCUCGCUGACACCCUCCGAGCUGCAGCCGCACGGCGCGUUUCGUGCAGCCCCGCACCGCCGGCUGCGGCCCCGGCGAUGCCCCAAACGCGCUUCGGCUGCUUCUUUUCCCACCUUGCAGAAGGAGAAAACGAUUUCCGUGCUUUUGUGGCACCGCUCUCAAGAGCUGCGGGUGUCCCACGCAAACACAGAACUGCACGAAGGUGCCCCCAGUGCACCGAGUCCUUUGGGCGCGUUGUGUACAGCCCUGGAAGCAGCGGGUUUUAAGGACUGAAGGCGUAACAGUGCAGUGAGCAACCAAGAAGCCGCCCCAAAGAACAGCCCUCCGCAGCCUCUGUUGUUAUGGCAGGGGGAAGGCGGGGCCCCAACCGCACCUCCUACUGCCGAAAUCCCCUCUGUGAGCCCGGGGCUGCUGGCGGCUCCGGCCACUCCACGAGUUCCUCUGUCACAGGCGUUCGCUCCCGCACCAGGAGCGGUUCAGGUACGGGGCUUUCCAGCCCACCUCUGGCAACUCAGGCAGUCGUUCCCCUGCGGCACUGUAAGAUCCCAGAGCUGCCCGUGGAGAGGAGCGUGCUGUUUGAGCUCCAGCUCUUCUUCUGUCAUCUCGUUGCUCUGUUUGUCCACUACAUCAACAUCUACAAAACCGUGUGGUGGUACCCGCCGUCCCACCCGCCCUCACACACGUCUUUGAAUUUCCAUCUUAUUGACUUCAACGUGCUGACAGUGACAACCAUCGUCCUGGCGCGCCGCUUGAUUGUUGCUAUUGUGAAGGAGGCUUCCCAGAGUGGCAAAGUCUCCCUGCCGCGCUCCGUGUUCCUGGUGGUCACUCGCUUUGCUGUUCUCACUGGCACAGGCUGGAGUUUGUGCCGCUCGAUCAUCCACCUCUUCAGAACCUACUCCUUCCUCAAUCUCCUGUUCCUGUGUUACCCGUUUGGCAUGUACAUCCCCUUCCUCCAGCUGAACUGCGACCUGCGGAAGACAAACCUCUUCUCCCAGGUGGCCAACAUCGGCCCCAGGGAGACCGGCGAGGUGAACUUCAGGGGCAGAGAUUACCUGACCGUGCUGAAGGAAACCUGGAAGCAGCACACUCGGCAGAUGUACGGCGUGGAGGCGAUGCCCACUCACGCCUGCUGCCUCUCCCCAGACCUCAUCCGAAACGAGGUGGAAUACCUGAAAAUGGAUUUCAACUGGCGGAUGAAGGAGGUGCUGGUGAGCUCCAUGCUCAGUGCCUACUAUGUGGCCUUCGUGCCCGUCUGGUUUGUGAAGAACACUCAGUACUACGACAAACGCUGGUCCUGUGAGCUCUUCCUGCUGGUUUCCAUCAGCACAUCUGUCAUUCUCAUGCAGUACCUCCUACCUGCGCGCUACUGCGACCUGCUGCACAAAGCUGCAGCGCACCUGGGCUGCUGGCAGAAGGUGGAUCCGGCCCUGUGCUCCAACGUGCUGCAGCACCAGUGGACAGAGGAGUGCAUGUGGCCGCAGGGAGUGCUGGUGAAACACAGCAAGAAUGUGUACAAAGCUGUGGGGCACUACAACGUGGCCGUGCCCUCGGACGUCUCGCACUUCCGCUUUCACUUCUUUUUCAGCAAACCGCUGAGAAUCCUCAACAUCCUGAUCCUGCUGGAAGGAGCUGUCAUCUUCUACCAGCUUUACUCGCUGAUUUCUUCCGAAAAGUGGCACCAGACCAUCUCGUUGGCUCUGAUCCUCUUCAGCAAUUACUACGCCUUCUUCAAGCUGCUGCGUGACCGUCUGGUGCUGGGCAAAGCCUACUCGUACUCUGCCAGCAGGGACUCAGAGCAGAAGUUAAAUUAAAACAAUUGCACUGAUGCUCAACUUAUUACAGAACAAACAAAACAAGGAACCCUCAGAGCUUUGUAUUUUUGUUACCACUGCUUUUUUUUUUUUUUUUUCUUUGAUAACUGAUGUAAUUAAAAGGAAAAAACAUAUUUUUUUACUCCCAA